AUGUCUGUCGCUGUGUCUAUGUUCCGUUGGAUAGAUUUACUUGAAAAAGAGUUUGACAAGGCUUUUGUUGAUUUAGACUUGCUGCUAGGGGAAAUAGACCCCGACCAGAGUGAAAUAACGUACGAUGGACGGCAAAAAAUGACCUCUUUGUCGUCGGUUUUCGCUCAAAUGGUUCACAAAGCACAAGCAAUAUUUCAAGCCAACGCGAAAUUGGAGGUGGGAAUAUAGAUUAACAUGUCAAGAAUUUGUUUUGAAGAUAGGCUAAUGGGUUAAAUAAGAGUCUUUGUUAAGUUUGGAGUGGCUUUUAGGUAUUUAAGUACAGUUCAAUCUAGGUUAACCGCUCGAAAGUUGAUAGCGUAUAAAAGUAAAAAUAUAGCUCAAAUAUUGUGUAUUUAAUUUAAUUAUGUCGGGGUUUAAUUGGAUUAAGUAACAGUAAUAGUGUAAUUUUUUUGAUUAAAUCGGUUUUACAGCAAGUUUUAGAAAUUUCUAGCCCAAUUCUCUCACAGCAUGAAUAACAAGACAAAAGUGUAAUUCAUUGACUGUUCACUUGUCAAGGUGAACUGAGGUGACAGAACCAAGGAGUGGGAGGUUGUUGCCCCCCCCCCCCCAGUAGUUUCACAACAAUGUUAAUCAUUACUAAACAUGCUGUUACACAUUGCGAUUUUGAGACGGGGGGGGGGGUCAAACUCCCCCCUGAUGCACUGUGCCCUUGAAACCAGUGAACCACUUGCUUGAUCUUUUCCAGGCUGAACUUGUGUCAAUGAGACAUGAUAUUACUGAAGAACAUGCUGCCAGAGAAGUUUUGGAAAAAGAAGUUACAAGUUUAUUAGUCCAGUUACACAGAGUUCAACUGCAGUUGCAUUCUAAUUCUGAGACACCUGACUCAGAAACUAUUCGGGAAAAAUUGGUAAGGACAAGCCAGUGUGGAAAGGUUGUAUCGAGCAACCGAGAUAUAUCGGGCAUGCAAUUUUGGUGCUUUCUAUAUAUUUACUAUUACAUUUUGGGUUUGACUGUACAUUUGACAAAAGUAACUUAAAAAAGUGAGAUUGUUCAAAGAUCACUAAUUUAUUCCUGCAUUAUCUUAGGCAAGUGAACUGACUAAGCACAAGAAAGAUGCAAUGAAAGAAGCAAGAACUGCCGCAAUGCUAAAACAAUACGAGAAAGAAAAUAUUGAAUUAAGAAAUCAUGUAUUUAGUUUGCAAGGCGAGGUAUAUGGCGCCAGGUUGGCUGCAAAAUAUCUUGACAAGGAACUGGCUGGAAGGUGUGUACUGCAAGUUUUCUUGAUGCCAACCUUACAGAAUCAAUCAAAUUUUAAUUAUUAUUGUCGAUUUCAGGUAACUUUUCAACACGCUGUUCCCAAGUUCAUUGCGAACUUGCCAAUUACGUUGUCAAGUUUGGAAGUUGGGUGUGAACUUCGCAACAAAGUUCGCAAGUUCAUUUCAAAGUUCAAACUUUGAUUGUAAACAAAUGUUCAUAGUUGGAGUUGAAAUUACUGUAUAAGGCCCUAUGCACAUAUUACUGCAGUAAAAUAUUGGUCCAGUGGUCUCCCAAGACGAAAAUUUUUACAUUUGUUUACAAUCGAAGUUCGAACUUUGAAAUGAACUUGCGAACUUUGUUGCGAAGUUCCUGCCCAACUUCCGAAUUUGGAAACGUAAUUGGCAAGUUGACAACAAACUUGGGAAUCACGCUUUGAAAAGUAAUCUGAAAUCGACAAUAAUCAUACUUGAUAUCUCUAUAAGAUCUGUCUGAAAUGCUCUCUCAGUAUAUUGAUCUAAGGUAGUAAUGUACCGGUACCCAUUUUAGGAUACAACAAAUUCAACUAUUGGGACGAGAUUUACGUGGGGACGAACACAAUACACUAUGGAGCCAAAUCGAGGCUGAAAUCCACCUUCAUCGUCAUAAAACUGUUAUAAGAGCAUGCCGUGGCAGGAAGAAUCCUUUCAAAAAGACGCCCGCCCCUCCUGUCAUCUCUGAAAUUGACGAAGGAGAUACAGAGUUGAAGGCUCGUAGACGAAGGGGGAUUGGAGAUACAAGAACUAUAUUGAUAACCAAGAAUAAAAAUGAAGGCCUUGGUAUCUCAAUUACAGUAAGUGGGGAAACAUAACUAAAAUUGUAUGAAUUGUAUGAAUUUAAACAGGGCUUUCCAUGUCAGAAGAGUUCUACUCAUUUUUUUAUUAAAAUCAUAACUAACAUAAUGGUUGUAUAAAACUCUGGGCAAAGACUAAAACUCUGUUAAUUAUUCAUUCCUCUUGUGCCUCAUUCUUACAUUAAUUUGAGGUGAAUGUAAAAGGUGGAAUGGCUGGGCGGAAUGGGUUAGCAUUAAAAUAAAUUUCUCAAAAACUUUGUUUUCACAUGCCAUUCUACAUUCUGUUACAUAUGCCAUUCCGCAUGAUCUUUUACAUUCACCGUAGUUUACACCAAGCUAGGCAUUGAACUUUAUUCACUACUGUUUAUUAUGAAGCCCAUAACUUGAACUGGGAAAUGACUUGAGCAAGAUUUGAACAAGCUUGCACUUAAUAAAAUGAAUAUGGACUGCUACAACACAAUAGACAAUUCCCAUUAUGGACUAAUUUUAAAACUAGGCAAGGAGAUGCAAAUAAAUCGCCACAGCUAGAAAGAGCAUACUUAAUUAGUAAAUUUGCAAAGUUUGGUUGCGAAAUGUUGUAAAAUACAGAAAAUAUAGCCUUGCAAAGUUUGCAAAUUUGUAUACUUUUGUAUUGCGUGCGGAAAUUCCUGCCACAUUUGAGCCGAAAAUGGUAGCAAUUUCCGCACGCAAUACAAAGUAUACAAAAUUUACAAACUUUGCAAGGCUAUAUUUUCCGCAUUUUACGAUAUUUUGCAACCAAACUUUGUAAUUUUACUAAUUUUAGUAUCCUCUUUCUAGCUGUGGUGAUUUAUUUGCAUCUCCUUGCCUAGUUUUAAAAUUAGUCUACAAUGGAAUUAUCUAUUUCCAUGAAAUCAGAGAACUGAACAAUCAUAAACCGGAUUAUGAUUUCUUGCAGGGUGGCAAGGAGCAUGGUGUGCCAAUUUUAAUCUCAGAAAUCCAUGCUGGUCUACCAGCAGAGCGAUGUCAGGGUGUCUAUGUAGGCGAUGCAAUAUUGUCAUGUAACGGUAUAGGUCUCCAGGAAGCUAAGCAUUCUGAAGCAGUCAAAGUAUUAUCAUCAUUGCACGGUGAGAUUGUCAUGGAAGUUCUCUAUGUGGCUCCUGAUGACUCGAGUGAUGAGGACGAAGCUGAUUGGGAAAAGAAAGAUGAGAAAAGGUUCACAUAUAUUAUAUUAUAUACAUGUACAGUACGAGUGUGUUUUGGUUCUUGAAAUGCUAAUGAGUGCUUGAUAUCAUAUAGAUAGAGCAGAUAUGUAGUGUUUUGUUUGUGAUGUUACUCUGAGUGUGCAUCCACACCGGGCAAGCUGAAAAGUUUUGCUAUUUGAAAAAGGUGUUUUGCUAUUUGA